GCCUGCGACUCGAAAAUAUCAAACCCCGUCUCCGUUCCCCACCAAACCACCGUUUCCUUCCGGCGCUGCACCUUGCAUCACCGCCGGGCUACUUCAAUGACUAUCCGGUAGCAAUUGUGACAGCUCUAGAGAUAGUGAGAGGAUCUCUAGACGCUAAUUCUCGACAAUCUACGCGCUGUUUCCAAACCCGCGAUGAUGCUCGUCACGAAACCGGUCGCAGAGCUGUGCGCUCUGCUCAUUGACGAGUUACAUGGCGAACUCCCUUCCAGAAUAUUCGCGACGCUCCUCAGCAAAGGCCGAUCGACUCUACCUCAACUCUCCCAGUACACCUCAAUGACCCUGCGCCAGCUUCGCCAUGGCGUUGCCGUCCUCCUCCAGCACAACCUGCUCUUUUACCAUCUCGAUCCGGGCACAGAGUUCGCCUUUUACGAAGCGAAUGCCGAGCACGCCUACAACCUCGUUCGCACUGGCAAGAUCCUCGAGAUGAUCGACACCUCUUUUGGCGCGCCGGCGAAGGACGUCAUGCAGAGCCUCCUGCUCUCUGGCCAGACGAGGAUAUCAGACUUGGUAGCCGCAUACCAGGACAAGAUUGAGCAGGCGACCAAGGCCGGGGGGAUUGUCGGGGAUGAGGAUGAUUUCGGUGCUGAGACGAACGGCGUGAAUGGGGAUUCUCAUCCGGCCAAGAAUACUGGACCCCAGGUCAAGAGUACGGCCCACCUCAACUCAAUCAUCUGCCGGUUAGUCGAGGCUGAGGUGAUUGACGUUGUCCAUCCGAAGACGUUCGAGAGUUCGCACGAUGUCCUGAAAACGGUCGAAAAGGAGGCCAUGGACAAGCAUUUCCCUGCCGGCAUCAAGGGCAACAAGGCCAAGAUCGAGUUGCAGGAGAGGAUCGCCGAGGGCCUCCGCAAGGUCCGUGACGAGUGCAAGUCGCUGAAGCGCAAACUGGAACAGAAUGGCUCGGCAGCAAAGAGACGGAAGCUUUUCACGGGCGUGGGUAUGACGAACGGUACCUACGAGGAGGAUAUCGACCCUGCGUUGGACCCGAAACAAGUCAUCAGGAUAAACUACGAAAAGUGCCUCGUUGACUUGCGAAACCGCCGCCUUGUCCAGUUCGCAACCGACAUCUUCGGGGAGACCACGGCCUAUGUGUACGGCGUGCUCUUGAAGCUGCUUACCAAGGACUUACCCCGUUGCCGCUCGGAUCCCGCCAUGGAUGUCGGAGAAGACAAGGACGACGACGAUGAGAAGGGCCGGCGGUCUGUCACGACCGACCAAAUCCUCGACAACCUCAAGACAUCCGUGGACCUCUCUCUUGGGAUAGGGAAAGCAGAAAAGCGACAGAUAUCGUCUGCAGCCGCCGAGAAGGUUGAGCUGUACCCCCCAAAAAAGAAAGUCUUGAUUGCGGAAGCCGAAGUAGACGGCGAAGCGAGCCCUGACGAGGACGAAGACGACAGUGACUCCAGCGAGGAGUCGGACUACGACUCGGAUUACAAAGCCCCGACGACGAACGGGGUCAACGGCACACACGGCACCAAAGUGAAGUUCGAUGAGUCGGCAGCCCCCAAAGAGAGGCGGCUAGACCGGCCAACCCAGCUUCGACAACACCUUCUUCUACUAUCCGAGAGCAGGCAGCACUUUGUACGGCACUGCGGCCCGAACGAAUGGACGGUUGAUUUUGUGCCGCUGAUCAACGCCCUGCGCGAGGCCGAGCUCGACUCUGUCAUCGAGCGGACGUCAGGCCGGCAGGGCCUGCGCCUGGUGCGCAUCCUCCGCGCCAAGGGCAAGCUGGACGAGAAGGCGCUCCCCAACGUGGCCCUGAUGCGCAAGCCCGAGCUGCAGCAAAAGAUGCUCGAGAUGCAGACGGCCGGGUUUGUGCACGUGCAGGAGGUACCGCGCGACCUAAAGGCUGACGUGAAGAAGUCGUUUUUCCUGUGGUUCUGCGACGUCGACCGCUCGCUCAACCGGCUGCUGGACACGAGCUACAAGACCAUGUUGCACUGCAUGCAGGUGCUCGAGGCGCUGCGGCAGAAGGAGCGCGACGUGCUCGAGACGACCAAGCGGACGGAUGUCCGCGGCCGCGAGAAGGAUACCAUGCGCAAGGAGUACUACGAGCGGUAUUCGAGGUUCCUCGAGUGCGAAAGGAAGCUGUUUGCGCAGGUCAUGCGGCUGGAUGAUUUCGUUUCGGUGCUGAGGGACUUCUAAGGGGUGCUCCAACCUCUGAUAAUAUAAUGGCAUGCUAGUCACCUUCAUGGUGGACUUAGGCGAAAAGUCAUAUUGCAUUGGCGGCGUAACUCUGGCUUGGUUUGGGAACAAAAUGUCGCAUCUGUUCGUUGCAUUUGGCUGGCGUUUUCUCGGAGGUUUUCUUGUUUUUCUAGUAUCAUCUCGAAUAGACUGACAGGAGGCAGGAAAUACUUCGUUUACGGAGCCAGAUGACGCCGGCUUAUAGCCGCUGCUUUGCUGUUGUAUCCAAGAAAGUUAUGGCAGAUAGAAAUUGCAUGAGCCAUGCGCAAGAAGCAGACACAGUCACUUCGCUG